AAACAGAGGGAGAGCGUUCACAGCUAUUCCAAUCGCAGAACUCAAAACCCGCCGUUACGUUGGUGAUGAAUCAUUCGCAGAACUCAUCAGCGUCGGCCACCACCGGCUCAUCACCGGCUGACGAUUCCAAACAGAAUCUCAACCAAGUCAUCAACUCCAUACAGAAAACCCUAGGGAUGCUCCACCAACUCUAUCUCACCGUCGACUCCCAGCUUCCGUUUCUCCAGCGCAUGAACGCUCUUGUGUCGGAGCUUGAUAAUAUGGCGAAAUUAGCAGAGAAGUGUGAUAUUCAGGUGCCCAUGGAGGUUCUCAGUUUAAUUGAUGAUGGGAAGAAUCCAGAUGAGUUUACUAGGGAUGUUUUGAAUAGUUGCAUUGCCAAAAACCAGAUUACCAAAGGAAAAACAGAUGCUUUCAAGGGUUUGCGGAAGCAUCUUUUGGAUGAACUUGAAGAGGCAUUUCCUGAUGAAGUGGAAGCUUAUAGGAUGAGUCGUGCAACUUCUGCAGCAGAAGCAAAACAGGCAUUACCAAAUGGCGACGUGAAGGUGAAGCCAGAAAUGUGAAAAUCGAGGCUUCCUUUACAACAUUAUUCAUUAGUACUUCUGGAGCUUUGUUUUAAAGUUU